ACUCUUAUUAUCGGUAAAAUUUACUAAUAAAGUUGGUAAAUUUCACCCAUAUUAUUGGUACACCGCGCUUUACUUAUUUAUGGGUAAAUGAGUUUACCCAUAUUUGGAUGAAAAAAAAAAAAUAUUUGGAUCCUUCAAAGCAGAAACUUCAUCUGUAUUUGUUGCGAAGGCAUUCGUUAACCAUGGUUAUUGCAAUAAUAGUUAGUAAAAUACGACCUCUUAUAUCUAUUAUGUUUCCUGUACCAUGGAUGUACCGCAGCUAGUGUGGUCCCCAGCGCAGCGGAUAGUGGACAUUGAACUAUUCAGCAACCCAACCCCGGAGCUGUGAAUCCAGUAGGCGGAGGUUGAGAGCAUAAUGUCGCUCAGUACCAGCAGACCACCAGUUAGCUGUCGGGUUCUCCAGCGGCCCCAGGGACAAUGGCAUGCGGUGGACAACUGGCUUCCAAAUCUGCAGUAAAUGAGCUCCCCUUAUCUGUUGGUUCGACAAUGAGGUCUUCAAAACAGCUGUUUUCAUGCACCGUGGCAACCAUCGAUAUCCAACUGUAUCUGCUAUUUCAACGCGUUCCAACGGGCGUUGGUUUUUAUGAACAAAAUGCCCUGUAUACGAACGGAUUAUUGCUGGCGAGAUUGUUGGUUUAUGAUCAAGCAGUGCUGGAUUACGAGCACCCGAAAGGUAUUCGACAGAACGGUUCCCGCAUACCCGAUUGUACUGAAUCAGAGAAUAUGGUCGCUAUACCUUGAGAUUCUGGAGCAAUUAUUUGAUGUUCUGAUUCCCUUUCCAACGCUCAGAUUCGGUCAGUUCCUCCAUCAGUUCAACUUGCACCGACUGGUCCAGUACAACGCUAGCUGCCAUUCCAUUCUAGAUUAUAUCAUGCUUAAUUGUAUUUAUUUCAUGUAUUGUAAUAAAUUUGUUUGUUUUGU